GCAUUUAGCUCUGUUUAUUUCUGUUUCAUUUUUUUGUUUUUUGUUUGAAAAAAAGAAAAAAAAAGCAAAUGAAUAAAAGCAUGUAAUUUUUUGGAAUUUCCUAGCUUUCUUGUUUUCCUUGUUUCUUCAUGGACCAACCAAAGAAAGGUAAAGCAAGUUCUUUCCGUUUUGAAUCCUCAUUCUUCGUUAUCUUCUGUGACAACAUGAUAAUGAUCUUUUAUUCUGUUAUUUUUUUAUUAUUCAUUUUUAAAUAUGAGAAAGUUAAAAACAAAUUCCGUUUGGGUGGAAUUGUUUUGUCAAAGAAGAAUCAAAGUUGCUUAUCAGCUGCAACUUUGUCCACUGUCUUUGUUUUUGCUGCCCUCUAUCACAUUCCCAUAGGCCUAACCAAAUAUCAAACCGAAUCUUAAAGUAAGUGAUAGGGUCGAAUACCGAACUUACCCAUUUCCCUUUGGCCUACAACUUGGUUAUUGCCGAGGGUAUAAUCGAGCAUCUACCAUUUAUGUUGAGUUGAGUAUAAGAUAUUCCAAAUACAGAGAGAAGACACUUCCAGCAGAAUAAAUUGCUGGAGAUGUCACGCAUCCCCAGGAGUACAACAAAUCUGUGAAAAUUUCAGUCCUCGGGAUUAGAUCCAUCUAAGCAGUGCAAUGGGAUUUGGAACACACUCAGCUUCUCCUCCAUUAUUUUGGUUAAUCUUGACGUGGUUGGAGUUACGUGGAUAGUGAGUGUUAUAUAGGUGUACAACAUAUACAGGGAUGGAAGUCAUCACCGAAUAUUUUCCGCUCUUGUAAAAUGCAAAAGUCUGGAUGAAGUGACAGAGGCUGAGCUGAAAUAGAAAAUGGAGGGCAGCAGCAGAAGCAAUAGCAAUGAGUGGCGUGGCAGUAUCAAAGACAAUUCAUGGUUUAGCCAAUUCCGAAAUGGGUCUAAUCCAUGGAUGGCUAGGUAUGUCUACGCCCUCAUGUUUUUACUAGCCAACCUUCUAGCUUGGGCAGUCCGGGACUACGGAAGAAGUGCCCUGACGGAAGUGCAGAGACUAGAAGGUUGCCAAGGUGCAAAGGAUUGUCUGGGUGCAGAAGGCGUUUUGCGUGUGAGCUUGGGUUGUUGUACAUUUUAUUUCACAAUGUUUCUUACGACGGCUGGUACCUCAAAGUUGAAUGAGCCCAGAGACUCAUGGCAAUCUGGAUGGUGGUUUGCCAAGAUUGUCCUGUGGGUUGCUUUCACAAUUAUUCCAUUUUUGCUACCUUCUGCCGCUAUUCAGCUCUAUGGGGACGUUGCACAUUUUGGUGCCGGGGUGUUUCUCCUAAUUCAGUUAAUAAGCGUAAUAAGUUUCAUUACAUGGCUGAAUGAUUGGUGUCAAUCUGAGAAACAUGCAGAAAGAUGUCAAAUCCAGGCCAUGUUAGUUGCAACUACCGCAUAUGUUGUAUGCAUAGUGGGGAUCAUUAUGAUGUACAUUUGGUAUGCACCAGAGCCAUCUUGCCUCCUCAACAUUUUCUUCAUUACCUGGACAUUAGUACUACUCCAACUUAUGACCAGUGUUUCUCUCCACCCAAAAGUGAAUGCUGGCAUCUUGACUCCGGGGCUCAUGGGCCUAUAUAUAGUAUUUAUAUGCUGGUGUGCCAUUAGAAGUGAGCCAGCAGGAGAAAAUUGCAACAUGAAGGCAGAGGCUUCAAACAAAACAGAUUGGCUCACUAUCAUAAGCUUUGUUGUUGCUGUACUUGCAAUGGUUAUUGCAACAUUUUCCACAGGAAUAGACUCCCAGUGUUUUCAGUUCAGGAAGGACAAAAUAGUGUCUGAAGAUGAUGUUCCAUAUGGUUAUGGAUUCUUUCAUUUUGUUUUCGCAACUGGAGCUAUGUACUUUGCAAUGCUAUUGAUUGGCUGGAAUACCCACCAUGCCAUGAAAAAGUGGACAAUUGAUGUGGGCUGGACCAGCACUUGGGUCAGAGUUGUAAAUGAAUGGCUUGCAGUCUGUGUAUAUUUAUGGAUGUUGGUGGCUCCUAUAAUAUGGAAGAGCAGUCAAACAUCAGAUAAUACAUCACAAGUUUAAGAAAUUCCAUGUUUAUACGUUUUUUUGGUCAUUGCCCUCCAAUUCAUUUAUUGUGCAUAUGGAGUUGAACGAUUAGCAGGAUGGCUAAACAAAUGCAACAUGAUAAGCUUAACAAGCCCAAGGGAACGAGCUCCACCAGCUUCUAUACUUGUAUUGACUGGAUUAUUUCAUUUCUAUAUGAAAGAAGAAGAUACUCAAGCCUCUGGAGGGUCAAUAUGAAAAGUUUCGAAAGAAUGCAAAGAUUACCCUUAACCCUAAUUUACUUGAUAAAUGCAUGUUGUUGUUUGUAAGAUGCCAUGAAAAUAUAGAUGGUAAUGAAUUUUCAUUUGAUCCCCAAUGGGUUCUGGUUUCACCACUCACCUGUCUCUUUAUGUUACGAUUCAUUUGACAACGGGUCCAAAUACGACUGAUUAGAAAAGUAAUUUUGCCUUUUAAUACAAAGCAAUUUUUUCCAAAGCCAAUACAUAUUGAAUAAACGGUACCAAGCGAAGCCGAUUCCUCUCAUUUAUUUAUUUUUCCUUGUUUUUGCCUUUUUCAUUAAAUUUUUCUUUAAAUUCUCCUUUUUGACAUGACUUAAACUAUCGAACUACAGGGCAGAUGUAUGCAAGGUCAACACCCAUUUGCUACAAAUACAGAUAUGAUUACCCAUGGACUUUAUGCGAAAUGUUAAAGUUUCAGAACCAAGUCAACCUACCAACUGCUAAUAUAUAUACAUAUAUAUAUAAAUAUACAGACAAACGAAAAAGAUGAGAGCAAGAGGGCAUCGUUUAGAAUGCAGAUUGCUUAUUACUUCAUCAUGAGGAAGUCAAUUAGAGAUAUCUGAAGUUAUUAUAACACCAAAGCAUUUCAAAGACCGGGAUGCGACAAAGAACAAUUCCUCCAAUGUAUGCGCGAUUGGAAAACAGGGCUUGACAAUAUAAAACAUUCUCUUUCCUUCUUGUGUUUUUUUUUUGGUUAAAUAAAACAAUCAUGUUAACACAAGGAUAUUCAACAUACAAACUGUAUUCCCAUUAUAACAUCACAUAAUUUAAGAGAUUGCAAAAUCAUACAACUUCAGCAUAAAAGAAUGCGGAUCAACUCCGAGACGAAGCAAAUACACACAUAUCACCCGACAGAGAACAAUACCAAUACCAAUAGCUUGAGGCGACUGUGCCUUCUUUUCCCUUUCAAUUAUAUACUCUCUCCCUUCUUACAGCACACACACACACUCUCUCUCUCUCUCUCUCUCUCUCUCUCUCUCUCUCUCUCUCUCUCUCUUUU